CGCACACGCUCAGAGGAAGCAAAGACGAUAUUAUAAAGAAAACAUGGUUGCAACUUCUGAAUCCCUUCCGACCAGUCAGCUUGUAAAUGGAAAGAAGGUUUCAAAGCCUUUGAUGGAAAAGAAAAGACGUGCCAGAAUCAAUGACAGCCUAGAGCAACUUAAAUGUAUUCUUGAAAGUUAUUAUACAAGUAAUAUACGGAAACGGAAACUCGAAAAGGCAGAUAUUUUGGAAUUAACGGUGAAGCACCUGACAUAUCUUCAAAACAUCCAGCAAGGUUCUUCUGCAAAUGUGGACAAAGUACUCGAAUUCCAAACUUUUAGCAAAAGCUCCGUAAGCGGGAUGGGUCCUUUUCUAUUGACCAUGGAUGAUCCUAACGGAACGUUUCGUUUGAGGACGAUGGACGGCCGUUUCAGCACUUCGGACAGCAGCCCGCAGACAUCGAGGACUCACACUACCGCCAACUCCGUGGGACUACCGCAGAACCUGCCAGUCAAUGUGUUCUUCGCACCUGUCUGCAACCAGCAGGCAGCCAAACUUUCCAAAAAACAGGACAGACCGGUAAUACUCACGCAAGAAAAAAACUUUACUGACAAUUCAAAGGUUCCCUUAAGAGAGCAUCGUUUUAGUAAAGAAAUACAAAGCUGCAGAUAUUCCUUAACUGAGACAGCCAUUAUGGACACGUGUACGACAUCUGCCUGUGGAAUGAUUCAUAAAACGGGCCAUUACUGGCGUCCAUGGUGAAGCGUGUAUUUAUUAUGUUACAUUGAUCAUUUGAUCGAAUAUAACGUCAGACUGUAAAAACACAAAGAUGGAAUCAUGAGUCGCCUCCAAUUGCGUAUUAAAGGCAAACAUGUAAACACAAACGUAUAGCACCUAUAAUGAAUAAAUCGUUUUGUUUCUGUACUUCUGUUAGAAAAUCCAACAGAGUAAUAUUUGUGUAUGAUGGAAGAAUGAGUCAAUAUGGCUUCUGCUCAGCUGUAAUUUGUACUGUAUAUGAUGUAAUUUUUCUUUGUAAGAUUUUAUUGUACAUAAGACAUGCACUGAAAAACGUUGUAAAUAUU